UGGCAGGAGAUCCGGGCUCACACAACAAUGCGCUUUUAGCUACCCUCCAUUAUUUCCUGUACUCUCUCUCUCUCUCUCCUUUCCUCUCCCUCCAAACUGGAAGAGAACAAAAGCAGAGUAAACCAUGGUAGUCUCUCCGACAAGCUAACGAAAGGGAUAUCGAUAUGGGUAAUUGUUGGGUCACUCCCGUUGAUAGCCGAAGCCCAAGCACCACCAGACCUACAAGUCCAGGUACAUCGAAGCUUAACAGUAGCGGUGGACUUUCAGGCAGCAGCGUUGGCACUAGCCAGUAUUCGACAAGCAAAUGCCUCGAUGAAGCGUAUCCGGACGGGCAAAUCUUACCAACCCCACACCUGAAGGUUUUCACUUUCGCAGAACUGAAGGCCGCAACGAAGAAUUUUAAACCCGAUACUGUGCUUGGCCAGGGAGGCUUCGGGAGGGUUUUCAAGGGUUGGAUUGAUGAAAGUACGUUCUUAGCUUCCAAGACCGGAAAUGGAAUGGUUGUUGCUGUCAAGAAAUUGGAUUCCGAAAGCAUGCAAGGAUACGAAGAAUGGCAGUCGGAGGUGAAUUUCCUAGGAAGACUAUCUCAUCCCAACCUUGUAAAGCUGUUGGGAUACUGCUGGGAGGAUAAAGAACUCCUGCUCGUGUAUGAGUUCAUGCAAAGAGGAAGCUUGGAAAACCACCUUUUCGGAAGAGGUGCAGCAAUCGAACCACUCUCAUGGAAUUUACGACUCAAGAUAGUAAUAGGUGCAGCCAAGGGCCUCGCUUUCCUGCAUACAUCAGAGAAGCAAAUUAUAUAUAGAGACUUCAAGGCGUCCAAUAUCUUAUUAGAUGCGAAUUACAAUGCAAAGAUAUCAGAUUUUGGGUUGGCUAAAAAUGGUCCCUCUGCUGGCGACUCCCAUGUGACAACUCGUGUUAUGGGCACAUAUGGUUAUGCAGCUCCUGAAUACGUAGCCACAGGCCAUUUGUACGUGAAGAGUGAUGUAUACGGAUUCGGUGUAGUGCUACUCGAAAUGCUUACAGGCCAAAGAGCACUUGACACAAGCCGCCCGAGCGGCCAGACAAACUUGGUGGACUGGUUGAAGCCAUCUCUCCCAGAUCGGAGAAAGGUCAAAAACAUAAUGGACCCACGAUUGGAAGGCCAAUAUUCUAUGAAAGCAGUACAGCAGGCAGCUCAGCUCACUCUGAAAUGUUUGGGGUCAGAUCCUAAAAGCCGUCCAUCAAUGAAAGAAGUCGUCGAAGCUUUGGAAAGGAUUGAAGCUAUCAAAGAUAAUAAGCCAAAGCAGUCGAAGAUCAACAGAUCUGCACAACCUACAGCCCACCGCCAUGGCCAGCCACCACCUUUGCACCAUCGCUCCCCACUUCACCCAAAGCAAGAUCAUGACACUACUACUGCUGGCCCAGUAGGCCAUGCCCAUCAUCACUCACCCAUUCGCAGGUAACUCAUGUAUGUAUACAAGGUGGAUGGCUCUGGGUGAUCAUGGGAUGAAUGUCCAUGCUCAGCAUGUACGUCAGCCAACUGCUUCUAUUAUCAAAAGAUCCUCUAUUUUUUUAAUGUGAUCUUUCAGAAAUUACUCUAGCAUGGUCUUAUUGUUACUGGUUGUGAUGAACUUGAUGGUUUCAUCUUUCAUGUGUGGUGGUUUUCAGAUUUACAUUGAAAUGUAUGUGACG